AUGCCUCCAGAAUGGGAGCCGAAGCAGGAUCGGAUCAGCAUCCUUGCCCGUCCAAAAGUCAACCACCAAGUUCUGUUCUGCAGACCUACUGUAUACUGGGUAGAUAAAAUACCCAAAGAACAGCCAAGAUUCACAAUUCCAGUUUUAACUCCUAGGCAGGAAGAGUUGUCUCAAUUCAAGAGGGUCAAUCCAAGCUACAGAUAUGAGAGGUCUUUUCCUGAGCAGUCAGUAACAUGCGCAGCUCUGAAUGUGGUGGCAUCGCCCAGAAUAAAGAAACUAGCACAGCCCCGGCCUUUCCCAGAUAUCUCGGAGUUAAAUAAUCCUACUUGGCAUAUGGUGAGUAAAGGAGCCUUAAAUGCAGUUCCCACACCACGGAUAAUUGCUCUAGCCAGACCAAAGAGCAGUCCCUCAACUUCAGACAAGCCACAUAAAAAACAUGGUCCUGUUCCCAGAGCAGAAAAGUUUGAAGAACUCUCCAGACCACGGAUCUAUAUCUUUGAAGGUCACAACCCAUACAUAAUUUCCAAGGCAGCUCUCAAAUAUCAUCCUUCUCCUCGCAUUCUUGAAAUCAGCCGUCCAGUAAAGGUACAAGGAAGAAUAAUUUGA